AGUAUAAGGUAAUGGGCUGUGAAUUCUGGGCUGUGACGAACCAUUUUGUCCUAAACAUAAGAUGGGCUAUUUGUGUUAGGGUUCAGUUUCGAAACUUGUUGCCGCCGAGGUCCAGGCGAAGCGCAAGUCAUUUUGCGGGGAGAGGAAUGGGUGUGGUAGCAAGAAAAGGUAUGCCAGUGUACAAGAUUUACAGGGCGUUAAGCUACGUUGUAUCACCGCUAUUGCAACUUCACCUCCGUUGGCGAAAGAUCCGAGGUCUCGAGCACCCAACCCGUUUGCCUGAGCGUUUGGGACGGCCUUCCCUGACUCGACCGCCUGGCCCGCUCCUUUGGUUCCACGCUGUUUCUUUAGGUGAAGGAAUGGCUGCGAUUCGGGUGAUUAAAGAAUGCGUUAAGUGGAGGCCUGAUUUGAACAUUUUGUUGACAACAACCACCAUGUCUGCUUUUGAAGUUAUAAUUAAUCAGCUUCCAACCGGUGUCCUACAUCAGUUUUCUCCAAUCGAUACCCCUGCUGCCAUGGAUUCUUUCCUGGACUAUUGGAACCCAAAUGCAAUCAUGUUACUAGAGAGUGAACUAUGGCCAAAUCUUAUCAUGGCUUCUUCGAGAAAGGGUAUUCUACUGGCCUUAUUAAAUGCUCGAGUUUCUAUGAAAUCCUUCAAAUUAUGGUCGUCUCCUGUGCUUUUUCCACUCAUUUCGUUAUUGCUUUCCAAGUUCUCCUUGAUUAUCCCACUGAGUUCUAUGCAGGCAAUCCAUUUCCAGCUUUUGCAGGCCCCACCUUUUAUCAUCAACUUUGCUGGUGACUUGAAAUAUGUGGUAGAAUAUGAUGCUUCUAAGGAAGAGUUCAGAAGCAUAGAUGAUCUGAAGGUACAGCUUGGGCAUAGGAAAGUUUGGAUGGCUUCUUCCAUUCAUAGGGGAGAAGAAGAAGUUAUGCUAGGAGUUCACAAAGUGCUCAAGCAAGUGUAUCCUGAUCUGGUCACUAUUAUUGUACCUCGUUAUCCACAACAUGGAAAAGACAUAGCACAAAAAUUGCAGAAAGAAGGGCAGCAUGUUGCUUUGAGGUCUCAACAUCAAAGGAUCGUACCAGGAAGAAACAUAUAUGUGGUGGACACAUUAGGUGAGUUGAGACACUUGUAUAGGCUAACUCCAAUAGCUGUCAUAGGAGGUUCCUUCUUCCCGGGAUUAGCUGGCCAUAACGUAUCAGAAGCUGCAGCAGCUGGCUGUGCUGUUUUGACAGGUUAUCAUGUUGGGCAUUUCUCACAUAUGUUACGGGAAAUGCAACGAUUAAAUCCAUUAUCAGUUCUGCAGGUAACUGGAAAAUUAGAGCUUGAAGAAGCUAUUUUGAAGUUCUUUAGUGAUGGCAAAGUGCUAGAAGCACGACAAACAGCUUCAAAGCAAGCAUUUCAUGCUUUGUCUAGUGGUAUCAUCGCCAAUGCCUGGAAUGUGCUAUAUUUUCAUGUUCUAAAACAGGCUUUGCUAAAAGAAACAGAUAACAGGUAGCAUGUGCAAAUUGUUAUAUGAUAGAUCAACAGGUAUAAAAAUCAGCACUCCUCAUCUUUUCUUAUAUUCGGCAUGUUUCUCCUGUUUUCCUUGAAUUUCAUGCACGUAUUGCUCUUUCCUUUUUCUCUUGUUGUAAAUCAUUAACCAGCUUCUGUUUUGGAGGCAAGCUUGCAUGUAACUUCUCUCUCUAGAGAAGCAAGAGCUGAGUAAUUUGUGAAUGUUUUCACUGGGUGAUUUCAUAUUAUUGAAUCUUGAGGUUGCUAUUUAACUCCUACCUCAGCUUAGAUGUUGCUUUGCAACAAAAUUCAAUUAGCCUAUUCUGCGGAUUUUCAAUUCUGGAGCUUAAAGCACACUGCUGGUUCUUGGUUGAAAGAGAGGGGAUUGCAUAUGAUAAUCGGAUAUUUUGGUGCUAGUCUCAAUAAUCUUUUCGACUAUGCAAAUCUCUUAUGGUACAUGCUGGUUGGGCAGGCUCGUGGAAGUUAGGACGGAUUGCAUGUUGUCCCACCCCUAUCAACUUUUUUUACUUGACUUCCUGGAUCCCAAAUAAUGUUAUGCAUGAGAGCGAUGACAAAAGCUUCUUACUAGGGAAACAUGAGUGAACGUUAUCAUAACAGACUUGCAGAGUGCUUGUUACGUUGGCUCGGUCUUGCUGACGGCCAAUCAAAUUAUUUGCGCUGCUAUAUAUCGCAUUAUACAUCAUCAAUAAUGGGCACUGUAUGCCCGUCGCAUUCCCUUCUGGCUUCAGUUGACGGGUGUUUUUCGCA